AUGAGGAUAAAUAAUUUAUUAGUAUGUUUGGUUUUAGUUUUCUCAACAUUAUCAAUUAGUAAUGCAAAUCCGGAACAUGAUAAAUGGUGGAAACCUCCUCCUAGAAAUUGUGAUAGUUUGUCAGAGGACCAAUGUAAAGCACCAAAUUCUGGUUGUAAGUAUUUACCUUUUGUUUCAUGUUGUGGUACAAAGAAAUUCUUUUGUGUAGAAGAUAAUGGAAAUGGUUGUGGAAAUGCUCCAUUAAGUUGUAUGAAAGAUUCAAAAACCGAUGCAAUUUAUGAGAUUUGGAGUUCAUGUAGACCAAAUUCACCAUUUUUAUAUGAUUAUCAAGUUAGAAAUGAAACUUGUGAUCAAAAGCUAUGUGAAGCAAGUGGAGGAGUUUGUGAAUGGGUUGACCCAGUACCAUGUAUGGGUACAUCAUGUUGUCCACGUUAUCCAGUUUGUAAGGGUGGUGGUGGCGGUGGUGGACCAGUCUCACCAUGUAAGAAUGUAAUUUGUCCAGAGGAUUAUUGUUGUCAAGAUAUUCAUGGUGGAGCUUACUGUGUUGAAAAGCCAAGACCACCACCACCAAAACCACAUCAUCUCUGUAAAGCUAUUAAAUGUGGUAGAGGAAAAGAAUGUAUUGUAAAAGAUGGUAAAGCAUGCUGUGUACCAAAACCAAAGCCACCACCACCUCCACCAGUGCUUUGUGAUGCCGUUCAAUGUCCAAAAGGAUUCAAUUGUGUCGAAUUUGGUGGAACCGCCAAUUGUGUAGAAUGUGAAGAAAAGGAAUGCGAGCAUCACCAUUGUCCACCAGGAUAUGAUUGCGUGGUCGACUCUCACCAUCGUCCACAUUGCCAAAGACCAAAUCCAGGCUCAUUAUGUCGUAAUGUAACUUGUCCAUAUGGCUAUGUUUGCAAGGCAAUUAAUAAUCUUCCAACAUGUAUUCGUAAUCCAUUACCACCAAACUACCCAUGUAGAGAUUUACAUUGCCCAUCUGGAUACUCUUGCGAAAUCAUCAAUGAUCUCCCAUCAUGCGUAAGAGAAACCCAUCCAGGUCAUUGUAAAACUUGUCAUGAUGUUAAUUGUGGUUCAUUGGAUUGCGCAAUGGUUCCUAAUAAAUGUCCAAGAGGUUCUCGUGACUGCUGUAUUCAAAUUCCAUCGUGUCGUUUACCAUCAAAUUCUAAUGAUGAUUAUGAUAAUGAUCCUAAUGGAUAUGAUGAUAAUGAAAAUGAGGGUGAUGGAUUAUCAAUUCCAUGUGGCCCAAUUAUCACUUGUAAAUUAAAUGAAAUUUGUUUAUUAGAACAAUCACGUUGUGCCCCAUUAUGUGAAUUUGUAAAAUGUUCACCAGGAACUAAAUGUGUUGCUGAUACAACUGGAAUUCCAGUUUGUUUACCAAAUGGAAUAACUCCAUAUUAA